CUGCUGGAGGGGCUGGAGGACGGCUGCCGUGCCCGGUGCCGCUCGCUGGGCGUGGCCAUUCCCGAGGGAUUCUCAGUGUCCCGGCCCUUCCGGGAGCUGCGGCAGCGCGGCCGCCUGGAGCCUAGGCUGCUGCGGGCGGCCACCCAGCUCCGGGGACACGGAUUCCAGACCUGCGUCCUGACCAACACCUGGGUGGACGACAGCCCCUGGAGGUCCCUGACGGCCGCGCUCCAGGAGCAGCUCCGGAGCCACUUCCAGGUGGUGCUGGAAUCCUGCCGGAUCGGCGCCGCCACACCCGACCCCACUGCCUUCUCCUGCGCCCUGGAGGCGCUGAGGGCACGGCCCCAGGAG